ACUACAUGUAGCCUAUAAGAAGUUCUUAAGUUUCUCAACUAACAGAAGAGUUUUUUCCUCCAAGGAACCUAUUUAUGGAUUGUUUUGCGGUGGAUCUUCAGGUGGACCAUCUCCCAGACUUCUCAUGAGAGGGGAGUGAAUGCUCGGACCCCUCUCUGGCCCUACGUCUUCUCAGGUGGGAGAUGUCUGAGGAAAAUCUGGGGGAAGAGUCGGGAAGCUCCCCCGUCUCUCCUGUGGACAGCCUGAGCAACAGCGAGGGGGAGCCGGACAGGCAGCCGAAGAGAGGCGGCGGGAGGAAGCGGAGGACGAGCAGGAAAAGCGGGGACGACUCGGACAGCCCGACACCGGGGAAAAGAGGGAAGAAGUCCGGCAGCAGCAGUCCCCAGUCCUUCGAGGAGCUCCAGUCGCAGCGGGUGAUGGCCAACGUCCGGGAGCGACAGAGGACCCAGUCCCUAAACGAGGCGUUCGCGGCCCUGCGGAAGAUUAUCCCCACGCUGCCCUCGGACAAACUGAGCAAAAUACAGACCUUAAAACUCGCUGCCAGGUACAUCGACUUCCUCUGCCAGGUGUUGCAGAGCGACGAGCUGGACUCCAAGAUGUCAAGCUGCAGCUAUGUGGCUCAUGAGAGGCUGAGCUAUGCCUUCUCCGUGUGGAGGAUGGAGGGAGCUUGGUCCAUGUCUACAUCUCACUAGCAUCUGGAGAUUUUUUAUUAUUAUUAUUAUUAUUCCUUUUGCCCAAAAUGGUGACUGCUGAAUCUAUCAAAUUCUGAAGGGACAUUCUGGAGGAGUCCAAUGCUGGAAACAUGGGAUCAACCAAACCAAAGACGACUCUGUGGCUCUGCAUGCAUGAGGACUGUAUAUAUAUAUAUAUAUAUAUAUAUAUAUAUAUAUAUAUAUAUGCGUAUAUGUGCGUGCGUGUGUGCGUGUGUGUGUGUGGAAAGAGGAAGAUGCCCCUAUUGCUGGGGCCCCAUUUUAAUGAGCUUUCAUGUUGUUGAAUGUAACGAAUGUUACAAAUAUAUGUCAUUUUUAUUUCUUUCUCUACCUUGUUGAAUGCAUACAUUUGGACUUAUUUCUGUGGAGUUCAAAUUACAUGGCUCACGGCUGACUUUGUGGAAUUAACCUGUGCAAAAAAAGAAAGAAAAGAGAAAAAAAAAGAAAGGCAGAGAGAAAGAGAACUUUCAGAAUGCAAUUAUUUAUUUAUUGGUGAAACCUGUUGCCUUGAGACAUAAAUCCUGUGUCUGGAAUGGAAAAAGAAGUAAAAAAA